AUGCCAACUGGACCCACACCCGGUCAUACUUCUCUUCCGGUGACAAGUCAGGGUGCUUCCAACACGAAAAUAGAAAUCUCCCUGUCUCCUGGAGAGGAACGCGGAAUUUGGCAAGGCGCCCGCCUGGCCGCCUGGCAUCCCGAGCUGGCCGCCAGCUCUCGGGGGUGGGGACGGGGUGUGUCCCGGGGAACCCGCUGCCUUGAGAACUGCUGGCGCAGCUUUCGAUCAGCCAGUGAGGUCCAGGGCCACUCCGAGAGGCCGGAGGAGACUCCAGGCAGCCUAGAGCUGACGGCCCCAGGCUGCGUCCAAUUUCCGGGGGGAGGGGACACCGAUUUUGUACCUGGGCUCACGUGGAGCCCCCUCCAGGGUCGACGUGGAGGGCUCGGUCGUUGGGCUGCGGCUGCCGGGCCAGGGAACCGGCCUGCUGGGCUGUCCUGCCUCUUGGGCUCGGACUCGGGAUUCCGGGAGGCCCUUCGCUGCUCUGCCGCCCAGCCACGUCCCCCUACCUUUUCGCUCACUUUCCCGCCCGGCUUCUCCCCUCCCCCCGCAUCCCUGUGCCCUCGCUCCCCUCCGCGACGCUUCGCCCGAGUAAGAAAUCAGCGGCGUGCAAUUGUAACUGUACUCAAGGAGACACAAUCGCGGGAGCUCUCGGGGUCGCGCGCGGCGGAGAGGCGCUGCGGAUGGCGCCCCAGAGGCGUCCCCACCCCCUCCGGGGACUGCGGCCCGGGAGCUGCAAGGCCGGCGGCGCACCGCGACGCGGACGGAACAGCGGGGCAGCAGCGCCUCCUGCAGGUGCCGUGCGCCUCCGCAGCCGCCGCGCCGCGCCGGCUCUUAAGGUGGAACCGGCCUCCUUUCCCACCCGCGCGUUCGGCUCUUCCGCAGCAGUGCUUCCACCCGCCGCAAGCCUCGCGCGAGAAGCUGGCCAGGCCACCCCGAACUGUCGGAGUCUGCUGGUUCCUGCUACUCCUUCCCUGAUCCCUUGGUCUCACUACCUGCAGGUCUUCGUCCGUGGAUGCCCAGUGAAAACCGCAAAGCUGUCGCCUAGCCGGCCACUUUUUAAUUGGGAGGCAAACAGACGAAAAGCCAAACAAACGCUCUGGAGCUGACUCUCUUUCUUGGUGUUUUUCCUUCUCAACGAGAAGCCCGCUCUCUGGUGAAGAGGGAAACGGAUCUGCAUGUUCGCUCCUUUUGGGGUCUGGACUGGCGGCGUCCCCAGCGCGUGGGGCGGCCUGGACUGAGCCCGCUCACCACCCUCUUCCCGCGACUCGUGGGUUUUCACGCGCACCCCGUCUCUUCACGGGUCACACCGAGGCCACACGCACCGUGCAAGCUCCAUCCCGCGCUUUUUCGCUCGGGCUCAAGGGUCUGUGCUUGGGUAUUGGGAGCUCUGAGUGCUUUAAAUCGUUCCCAGACUCAGGUUCCCGCGCAGCCAGGGGCGGGAGGGGUAUGGGUUUGGGCCGCCAGGCCGGGAGCUCGGAGAUCCCCCCAAGCCGACCACAAGAAGCACUUGCAGACGCUCAGUUGUCUUUGGGGACACACUGCGCGGCGCUGGAGCAAACUCUCAGCCUACCGCUAGCUGUGUGUGUGUGUGUGUGUGUGUGUGUGUGUGUGUGCGUGCGCGUGUGUGCGCGCGCGCUCCCGCGCCCGCGCGCGCUCAGUCCCUAGGGAAACCCUCCAGAGAAAACGAAGAGCAGA